AUGGUGUGCGUGCCAUGCUUAGUGGUUCCUUUCCUUCUCUGGGUCUUCCACAGAUUCUUUCUACCUCUGUUGUUGCCCUUUUUCCCGAGUCUGCAGGCCAAAUUGGGUCAAGCUCCGUCCGUGGAAGCCACUGAGGUAAAUACUUUAUCCUGUCCUACACACAGUGCAGAACACUCUGACAGUAGUCCAACGGAAUCCAAGAAGGACCUUUAA